AUGUACCGUGUUGGCUCGCGACCAGAAAACCGAGGAGCGGCAGUAGAACACGACACUUUUAAAGUUGCGAGAGUUGGAGCUCCCGACUCGAUGUUCCGGAGCUACUGCAUGGGCUGUGCGUGCCGAACUAGAGCGGACAUGGACUUGGACGCGAGAUCCACGCGCUCGGCGCUACAAUUCCCGUCUGUGCGAGAGGCUGUUAGCAACUAUGGCGAGAAAGUGGUGGCAAAAGCACCGAAACCAAACGUGGUGGAGAAACUGGCUGCUGUGGAGCAGGAGCUGAAAACUGCCAAGAACGAGAUUGCGAAACUUAAAACCGAGUUAGCUUUGUCAGAAGAAAAAUGGUUACAAGCAGUCAAGGAAGGUAACGAGAUUAAGAAGAUGGCGAGUGAGAUGGCGAAUGAAAUGGCAAAUAAGCUCGAUGCAGCCAUGAUCGCAGUACAGGUUUGUGAUAGCGCUAGAGUCGAGGCUCAGAAGCACAGCGAAAUGGUGACCCAAGCAGCGCAGACAGCAUGCUCAGCUUUGGAGGAGGAAGCAGAAAUGAUGAAGACUGAGCAUCGAAAGCAAACCGAAGAACUCCAGGCGGAGGUUGCAACAGUUGAGAAGCUUGUCACAGACCUGACCGGAAGCGAGAACAUCGCUGAAGGGCUGGCUAAACUGCAGCAGCUGGCGUUUGAUACGAUGCAAGAGCUUGCCGGCGCGAAUGAUUUGUUGGAUAGCCUGGCGCGAGAGCUAGAAGAGUCGAGGAGGGAACUGCACAUGUUAAUGGACACGGGAGAUGAGAUGGAAAUGAUCAGAUCUACAAAGAGGACGUUAGAGCUGGCCAACACUGACUAUAAAUCUCUAUCUGGAGAGGUAGCAAGGCUUAAGCUGAAAAGUCUUACCUCGAGAGGCGAACUGGCAGAAGCUCAAGAGGUUGUGAAGCCCACAACAACGGAGCUGAACGAGGUCAGGCUCCAGCAAUCCGGCCUGAUCGAUGAACAUGCAAAAGAAACAGCAGAGUUAGCGAGCGAGCUCAGCGCCCUCAAAGACACAGAGAAGCUGCUCCAGGAAGAACACUCAAAGUUGAAGGACGCUUUGAUGCAUGCAAACACUCAAGCAGAUGAAUUGAAGGCCGCUCUGAUAGCGGAGAAAGAAAAAGCCAGAGUAGAAGCCGAGCAACUCAAAUCCAGUAUGGAGAACAACGCAGAUAAGCUCAGUUCUAUAGAGCAGCUCUUCAUUGAUUUUAAGAAGUCGCUGGACGUGAAAGAAUCAUCAGCAAACCGAAAAAUAACAGCAGCGCUUAGCGAGGCCAGCGCCGCCAGGAUUCGAGAACAACACAUGAUGAUCAGGCUCGACGCACUGAGGGAGGAGCUGGACGAAGCCAAGAUGGCAGCAAACAAAGCAUCUAGGAAAGCGGAGACCACGGAAGCUGAGAAGCUGAUCAUAGAGAGCGAGCUGAAGAGGUGGAGAAAAGCAUCCAAGCUUCUCAGUGACCGGAGCACUAACAGCAAACACCACCGAAGAACAACACUGGACGAAGAAGAGUCGCCAGAGUCGGAGCUUGAACAGAGCAAGAGUAUACUGGGAACAUACCUCUCCAGGAAGAAAGCAUCACGCUAA